UUGUUUCAUCAGCAUUAGUGCUUUGGUAUAUUUUGUACAUCUCCAGUGGAACUUGGAACCAUCUCCAGUGGAACUAUUGGAACUUCACCAUCAGUGUCUCAUUCUGUUACCAUUACAGUGCCUUACAGAUACAUUACAAUAUAGUAACUACUCGUACAUCGAUCAUCGCUGUCAGUGACUUGUCUCUUGUACUUCACCUGGCAUUGCACAAGUGACUUCAGCAACUUUGGAGACUUUGUUUUCACUAAGAGUAACCAACCUAAGGUUUUCACGAUGCCAAGGUCAGAGGAAUGGUCCAAGGGGGCUUGGAAGUGGCAGAAAGAAAUACUGCAAAAUCUAAAAUGGUCAGAUGAACGAGAAGUUUUUUACACUCUAGAGGAAUUGAUGGCAUUUGGUACAGAAUGGCCGAAAAUGAUCAUGCCAGAAGAAGGGUGGUUGGGAGACGGAGAAAGUGUCUCAUUCUGUGCUGGCGAGGCGUUAGUUGGGCUUGGUGUGCGAAGUUUCAAGCGUAUUGCAGCAUGUCCAUGGGAGGAAUAUUUCAACACUUCGAUUGCGGAAAUGAUAAAGAAAGCCACGCCAAGGUACUUAAUUCCACUGUCAACGAUGGGAGAAUUGCGGCAUGCGAGUCGGGUCAAAAUUUUGCGCAUUCAAAGUGAGGAACAAGUCUACACCACAAUGGAAGAUCUGUGGAAGUUCCACCCGAGAUAUGCAAUGCCUGAUAAAACCUUUACUGCGGGGAAUGAAAUAGUGAAGAGUGGAGAAACAAUCGAAUUGAGGAGUCCUGAAAAUGGCUGCAUAACCUGCUAUUUGAAAGCGAUUGAUAAAACUGUUCCAGUCCCAAUGACGCAAAGAGGAGACUUCACCAUCGUUGAAGAUGGGACGUCUUACACAUUACAGCAGGUUUAUGAAAAUUUCAAACUUCCGCAGCGUGUGCGUUUUGAGAGCCUUUCAGCCGGGAUGUACAGAACAGAGAUCCUGCUGAUUUCUGAAACACGAUAUGAUGUCCUUAUUGCAUGUGUUCCCGCCGGUCUCUACGUUGAAGACAAAGAAGAGGAGCGAACAGAACCCUGGGGGACCAGAGACGAAGAUUUCACUGAUAUCAGCUUUAUCUUCUUGCCCAGACCUAUCAGUGAGGAAAGCCCUCUCGCUGACACGAAAUUCCUCACGUGGCUGUAUGACCCAAACGACCUAACAUGUCAAGUUAUCAUGUCGCGUGCCAGUGUGUUUGAAUUGGACCGGUUUAAGGAUAUGAAUGUGGUGAUAAACGCUACUUCUGCGUCUAUCCUAGCGGUCAUGGAAUACAGUGCUAAAAAGAUUUAUGACUAUAUCAAGGUGCGUGACUUUACUGGAGACAAUUCGGUAUCGCCCCACCGGGGCAAAUCAACAGCAGCGCCUGCAGUAUCAGUUGGGUCACCCUCAACAUCUUGGCUACAUUCAGGCAGUGCCACAAAGGCAGUCACAGUUCCCUUCAGUGAGGAAACAACCAUCAGGCCAAAACCAGAAUCUUCGUCCAAAAUGUUCAAACAUAUGCUACAAAAGAUCAAGUCCCCAGUGUUAACAUUGAAGCGCAAUAAAAGUGUAUCCUAUGCAAGCAGUGACAAGCCAGAAGAGCCACAUGAAACUUUCUAUAACAUUCCACGAGUAGAUGAUUACAAUAUGAAAUCCCAAGAUCGACGCCCAAGAAAUAUGUCACUCCCUCUAUUGACAGUUGACGGAUCUGACUCAGAAGAUGAUGAGGUUCAGGCGACAGAUUGGAAAAUUCAGGCACAUGUUAACAAAUCUUCAGAGAGGGGCAGACUACCACUGCCACGAAAAGCUAAAAAGGAAGAUCAAAAUACUGCUCAGCUUUUUCCUUUAUCAAAACUUCCAUCAGAAGACAUGUAUGACCAGAAUACGAGAAAGAAGGAAAAAGAUGUCAUUGCAAAACUUGGGCCAAGACCAUCUCUCCCUCCUAAACCAGUUCGACGGCAUAAUGCGGUCCAAGGUCAAAGAUCUGUAGUCCAAGGUCAAGUUGCUGCGAUUCAAGGUCAAAUUGCAGUGUGUCAAGGCCAAUCAACCUCGACCCAGGGUCUCAAGGCUGUUACUAGAGGUAAAGUUGCUGUGGUUCGAGGUCGAAGAGCUGUGGUCCAAGGUCAAGUAACUGUGGCCCAAAGUCAAGUUCCAGCAUCCAGUGCACCAGGUGGUCCUCGUAAAAUAAAAUUUCCACCCCCGAACGGAAACUUGGUGCCCCUCUCUGAACUCACCCCUGAACAGCUUGCAUUGCUUUUUAAGUACUUUAACCUGGAGGAGCUUGCAGAACAGUUGAAGCGUAAUAGAAUAGAUGGAGAAUUCUUUGAAAAAAGCCUGGCAAAUGCGGAUUUUGCUGGCGAUCCAUUCUUUGCCACUGAGUUUCAGCUCAAGCAGAUUGAAAGGAUUAGGAAUGGAAAAUAUUAGUUGUUUCAUGAUCCUUGUGAUCACUUUACCGUUGAUCAGUCAACACCUGUAAAGUAGAACAGUGCUGAAACUAUCAUCUGCCAAGAAAAACAAACAUUCAAAAAAUGUGCUGAUAGAUGCAGGCAGUAGAAAUGAUGAUGCUCAUAAUACAUGAAUUGUGUAAAGAAGUAAAUUCCUUCCAAAUGAAAGUGCCGUCUACAUCGUACAAAAGCAUGCGUCAUCAGUUCCACCCUGUUCAGGUGGCAGCCUGUCUCGGAAUGUUUCCCCAGGUAAGACCAAACUGCUUCACCGAUGGCGCAAGCUCUCUUUUGGACAACCUCUGUUUCUUUUCCCGUCUGCUGUCCAUUGGAGGGAACUGCAGCGUCGUCUUUGAGCUCCACCUUGACUUAUGAUUGGACUUGAAAUAAUUCUCCAUUAAAUGUCUGCCAUACCAAAGGUACUAGCAUGUACAUUAAUGCUGGACAUUCGUUGGGAAACAUAGUGACCGCCCUGACUAGUCUGACACUAAUAUGCCAAUGAUGGCUGUUUUAUAGCGCAUUACCCAGAUCACAGCCGGCAUGUAACGAAGUAAGUUCCCUCCAGUAUUAAAUUAAUGUAAUACAAAUGCUUGUUACGAAGUAAUUUCCCUUAAGUAUACGAUUAAUGUUUAUUGCUUUCUGCAAAAGCAUGUUGCAAAGAUAUUUCCCUCCAGUAUAAAAUAGACCUGUGAUAUAUUGAACCAAGCUAUUUUAUAACAAAAAUUAAUUUUUCAAUUUGUCAUUUUGUCAGUUCAAAAUGAUGUUGUCCAUAAUGCUCUACAAAGUCUCUUGAGUUCAAAUUUAAACUGACUCACACAUUUGUGACAGUGCAACAACAUUGGAGUCCUGGCGAUCCCAUAUUUAUAUGGCCACCACAGCCAUCUUGAAUGUGGUUGCCUGUGCGCAAGGUGAACACUUCAUCAUCAUCGAGCUUAUAUUUCUUGAGUGUUGGAAGUAUUAGGGGAAGGUUCCUUUCAAAUCUCGAUGGAAUUUGAUAUUCAAUAUGGCCACCACGGCAGCCAUCUUCAAUUUGGUUUCGGUUUCUUUUGGGGUGACAUUUUCAUCUCAACGAGUCAAUCUUUCUUCGGAGUAUCGGAAUGAAAGUGGUUUUGGGAUAGUUCUGGUCAACUUAGCUCCUUUCCAUAUCACCUCCCCUUUAACGUCAAUGGGGUGAGCGGUUAUGCUUGUUUUGCAAUGCUAUUUUGACCGAUACAUGUAUCGAAUCGUGGCUGUGCAUUGUAAACGCUUAUAGA